GAGUUGAAAUAAUACUGGAGUUUUUGGCAGAAAUUCAGCAACAUUUGUGUUGUUUAGUUUUUUAGGCUCUGUUAUUUUAGCAGAUUUUAGAAGAUUUUGUAUUGAUAAAGUGAUGCUCAUGUUUUGUUGGCCAUUUUGUUCCCGGAGUAAAGAUUGAGCUUAUUUUUUGCUGGGAAAUCAAACUGAAACUAAUCGACACAGCCAAAGCUGCUUUCUGAGAAGAUUUUGGAGGAUUAUAAUCCUGUGAAGUGCUUUCAGAGUGCGACAGUGAAUUUUUGUAGAACUUACGAUUUGAGAUCAUUAAAUUUUCCAUUCAGUCAGGCUUUAAUUUGUUUGUUUCCAACUUUAACAAAAGAUACCAGAAUGAACAGCAAUAGACAGCUCGAGAUCCAUUACAUAAACACAGGGUUCCCUUAUACUGUAACCGAAAGCUUCAUGGAUUUGUUUGAAGGUCUUGCAUAUGGACAAACGGAUUUUUCUCAGGAAAGUGCAUACUGGUCAGUACACGCGAAUUCCAUCAAGCAUGGGUCAUCAGGCUCAGGGAGCAGUUCGUAUUAUGGCCACAAUAUGGCUUACGAAGCCAGCAAUCUUGCCAUUGGAAUGGAUGGAGAUCGCCGAGGUUGGGACCACCAUGUGUCUGUGGAGAAUGAGGAAACACCUUCUGCCCUUCAUAUGCAUGGUGUGACUGAUACAAGUUCUAUGAAUUCAUUUACAAGACCAGAGGAAUGCAGUCGCACUCACCAUGUUGCAAGCAGUUCUCAGCUCAUCUGGCAAGAUAAUAUCGACCCGGACAAUAUGACAUAUGAGGAAUUGGUGGAGCUCGGUGAGACGGUUGGCACACAUAGCAGAGGUCUUCCUCAAGAGCUGAUUGCAUCCCUUCCAGUCUCAAAGUACAAAUGCUGCUUUUUCUCGAGAAGAAAGACACGAGACGAAAGGUGUGUGAUUUGCCAAAUGGAGUAUAAGAGAGGCGACCGUCGGAUGAUGCUGCCAUGCAAGCACCUCUACCAUGCGAGCUGUGUAACCAGGUGGCUAAGCAUCAAUAAGGCAUGCCCUGUGUGCUAUGUCGAAGUGUUUGGGGAGGAAAGGGGCGAUAAAUGAAUGAAGUGAGCUUUGGUUUUGAUUACGGUCUGUACCACGAGUUUCUGAGGUGUGUUUUUGACCCCAUGAACUUGUUUUUCUUUCUCUUUGUGCAUUGUGUGAUGAUGCCAUUCAUUUUCCCUCUCCCAAUUUGUGCUGUUUUCUUCUAAUGCUGGUGUUGGACCUUGUUGGGAAACUUUGUUGGUUUACUGGCAUAUAUAAUAAUAACAACACUAUUGAAUAAUUUUGGGUUGUUCAUCUGAAGAGUAUUUCAAAAAUUGACAUGAGGUUUCUCUUGGGGGGGGGUUUGAGGUGGUAUGUAUGAGUUAGUUAUCAUUUUGUAUGGCGUUUUGUGUAUCACAUGGAACAAUUAUGUAGAAUAAUUUGGUUUGGGAGUGGUUUCUUUGAAGACUGAGAUUUUGAACACAGCUAUGUACACUGGUAUGAUAAUAUUGAGCAAUUUCAUUGCAAAAAACAAAAGCACAGGAAGUUUAA